CCUUGCUGCAUGACUCUUGCAAUCCAAAGAAGGAGAAUUUUGGUGUCCUAAACUAGGCCAUCUCUCUGUUCCCUCAGUUUCCUCACUUGGGUUUCUCUUCUCUUCUUCUUUCUCAAUUGCCUUCUCUUGCUAUUUGCUGCUUGAUCUUCCCAAAUAUCGACACAAUUGCUUGGAGAUCGACGGAUAGGAUGAUGAAGGAGUUCAUGCAACAAGAGAUUGAUCACAUGAAGGAAGAGAAUUCGGAGAAGAGCCAGCAGUUUUGGAGGAUAAUGGAAUUCCCUGAGCUCUCUUUGGCUCCAUCCCCUCGUCACGUGGUUGACAAAAGCACCAAUAGCUCAUCUUCCGAAUCGGAAACCAAUUACCCUUCUAAAAAGAGGAAGUUUUCAGAUCAUCUGUUCGAUAGGAGUGACCCCAUGAUUCAAACUAGUGUUGAUCUUCAACUCAAAGACCCCUUGCCAUUGGAUUGGGAGCAAUGCCUUGAUCUUGAAUCAGGGAGAAUGUAUUAUCUCAACAGAAAGACCUUGAGAAAGAGCUGGAACUGCCCAAAGGAUCAUAAUCAGCAGAAGCUAGACCUUGAGCUCAACAUCUCAACACUCUCAAAUUGUCCUGAAAAAUGCAGCAGCUUUGACUCCCAAAGGCUUCAAGAUCACUCCAAGAAGCACCAACACUGCUCCUCAAGCAGCAACAUGGUGGCUUUGGCAUGCUUGAAUUGCCAUCUCUUAGUCAUACUCUCCAAGUCCUCCCCAUCUUGCCCCAACUGCAAGUAUGUCCACUCCCUCCCUACCCAACAAAUCCCAACCUCAAAAGCCCCUCCCAUCAAGUCCUUGGACACCCUAAGCCUCUUGAAUUAGUCAUCAUCCUCAACCAGAAAACAAAUAUAGAAAAACCCUCAAAAAAAAAGAAAAAAAAGAAAAGAGAGAAAAAGAAAAAAGACCUCUGGAGGCAUAUGGGAUCAAGCCAAUCCUUUGAUGUCCCUAUCUUAUGUUUGUUUUCAAUGAUGAUGUAUCUAAAUGAUCAGUAAAUAUAAUUUAUGCAAAGCUUUCCCCCUUCAAUUUACUUGUCUUCUGAUCAUAUCUACAACUUUGGAUGGAAUUCAUCUAUACAUACCGAAAAAUGACUGAACAUACAUGGAUGUGUGGAUCAUAUAUAUGGGAGUACUAAAAGUGAACUGAAAUUCAGAUAGAUUAUGCAUGACUAGUAUAUUUACAAAGCUAGCUCAUCCUGGCUUGCAUGCUCAAUGGUAUAGUUUUGGGGUCUGAAGGAGCGGUACAGUUGCUUAAUGAUGGGACUGAAGCUCAUAUUUUUCACAGAUUUUGGAUCUACGGUCACCUUUUCAAGACAAAAUCAAUGCGAGGGAAACUUGGCUGACAUUAGCAUAGAGUUUGUUCAGUUUCCAAUGCAGAAGUUGUGUAGGUGCUACCCAUGGCUGAAGUGUCUCCAACUCAUUGGGUCAGCUUUGGGAUCUGUGUGAUUUGGAUAUUAUGUUUGCAAGAAUUAUAUCUCCAUUC